ACAGCGCCAUCUUUUGUUUCAUGAACCAACAAUUUUCGGCUGCUGAUGAUAUUUGCUGAUGAUGCGACUCGGGUCAGCUGUGGCUGUGAAUGUUGGCCGUUUAUACUUGUUGAGUCUUUCCUGGCUAACGUGAAUUUAACAAACAACUUUUUGACAAAGGUUCAGACCAAGGUACUGUCGAUCAUUAUUGCAACAAAGCUGACUGCAAGUUUGUAGCUGGACUGUGUCUGUGGUUAAAACAAAAAUGGUCGCUUCCGUUCGACGAGCUUUGAGACGGGCAAAGAGUUUAUCGUCUCACUGGGUGAUUUGGGCCCGGAACACCGCGGUGAAGGUCGUGCUGCUCACCGUUCUAACAACUUUUCAGCUAUGGCUUGCAUUCUUCAUGUAUGGGACAUUUUAUUAUGCUUAUAUGCCGACGGAAUUGCACACGAAACCAGUUUACUUUGAUUUUGGUUUAUGUGAUCGUUUUGAUGGAAGUGUGGCAUGCCCUUUCCCUCAGACAAACAUCAGUCUUGUAAAUCAUCCCGUCCAAGAGAGGUUAUUCAUGCCAGGACAGAGGUAUCAUAUGUUAUUGGAUAUGGAUAUGCCUCAGUCUCCAGUCAAUGAGGACCUAGGAGUCUUCAUGGUCAAGAUUGAAACUUUUUCAAAAUCCGAUGAAAUUACGUCAAAGUCGUCGAGACCAGCCAUGAUAAGGUACCGUUCCCCUUUCCUCAAAAUGAUCAAUGUUGUGUGUCUUGCACCAUUCUAUUUAACUGGAUAUGCAGAAGAAAAACAGAAUCUACAAGUCAGCCUUAUGGAUGAUUUUAUUGACAAUGCUUACAAACCAACAAUCAAAAUUGGACUUGAGGUGAGAGCUAAAAAGAUCGAACUGUAUGCGGUCGUUCUCAAAGUACAUGCACAGUUUACAGGAUUACGGUACCUGAUGUUCUAUUGGCCGGUAAGUUCAGCCUUAGUCAGUGUCAUCGCCAAUUUCUGUUUCCUGACGGUGUUGUCAAUGAUGAUGUGGCAGCAGUGCGUUGGGUUCUUGAUAGAUGAGCCUAGUCUAGAGGAGAGAGAAGUACCCAACACGUCUGUGCUUACUUAUGAAGAAAGAAGGAGGAUGGCCAGACAGAAUAUGGGAGAGGAAAGAUCAGCAUUGUUCAGAAAUCGUCCAGCCCAUGUGACCAUCAUAGACCCAUUAGAUCCUCAGGCACAGAUCAGUCCAUCACCAUCUAUCAGCCAACCGGGAACCUCUGCCCGUCCAUCGUCCCCCGGAAAGAGCCCUCAGAGGAACAUCCGGAAGAGAUCAUCAAGAACCCCCGGAGACCUGACCGAAGGUAAUGCUCAACUGGAGGCACCUAGCUCAGGGAUCAGUAGCGACGAGUCCAAUCAGAAGGGAGGGGAGCAGAAUGUUGAAACACUCAAAGGUGAUGACAGUUUAUCAGGGUAUUCAGAUGCAACAACAAGUAGCACCAGUGAGGAUCCUCCCCCUGGAUUGGACGAUGAUAAGGAGGAGGUCUACUGUUCAAAGGAAGGGUGUGAGGAGCAGGAGGAUAAAGAUGAAGUCACCGAUGUUAAAGAGAAUGUUGCCGGUCCACAACCAACCUCUGGUAUCCUCAGGAAACGUAGUUACAAGUCAUCUUAACAGUUUCAUUAUUUAUAUAUGCAGAACAAUUUUUUUACUGAUAUGAGUCAGGGGUCACUUCAAGAACUGGCCUGUGCCAUCACAGCUGUUUGAAACCGGUGUUUCAGCUUUAAAUUGGUUCCAAUACUUUGUUUGCUUAUGAAUAAAUGACAUGGCUGUCAUUUAACUUAAAAAGAAAUGUAAUGAGUGAUGAAUUCAAUUUUGAUGUGCUUUGAGUGUUUGGAUCUCAUGGCGCUUUUUCUAAAGUACAGAUAUUGGGUUUGGCCAGUGGAAAAAAACAGUAUUGUAGAUUCAUCCUAAGUCAGUUGUGCUAUACACAGUUAUCAGGUUUUGUUUUCAUUCCAAAUAAUCCUUCAAGUUAUCUGUAAUGCUUUAUUGAAUUGAAGACUUGGUUAAGUCAUCUUUUAUUGUGAACAGUAUUGCUUAUACCUAUAUAAAAAAAUACAUAUAUUUCUGAUAAGCUGUUGUACCCAGUGCUUGCCAUAUCACUGUAGAAGAAACAGAGUGAAGGAUUGCAUUGGGUAACUAGGUGAUAAUCUGUGCAUCCCGGCCCUUUCUUACAAAUAGUUGUUACUGCAACUAUGGUAAUCCACAUAUGUCAUAAUUUUUCAUAAAGGAAAUUUGCAUAUUGUCUCCUUACAAACACUGAGGAACACACUUAAUUGUCAUUACAAUUGUGCAUACAUGAAUAUAAAUUAAAAAAAAAAAACACUUUGAACGGACACAUAUGCAUUUUAGAUGUUGGGAUUGCUGGCUUUCCAUAGUUGUGGUUGAUCAGAUCAAUCACAUCUCUUUGUAAGACGGCACCAAUGACAGAGAAGUAGAAGAAUGCAGUCAUACAAACAGUAAGAUGUCAAACCGGCUUUGUAAUGAAAGGGUGAGUUCUGAGAAUGAAUGACUGUAUGUUGACCACCUGUAAGCCUAAUGCAGACACGGUGACAUCCUACAAUAAAACACAAAUUUGAAGUCGAAUCCUUAAUAUAAUCGAGUCAUCAUAUUGUUUCUAAAUUAGGUAUGGGGGCAUCGUGGUCGUGUGGAUAUGACUCGUUUUAAUCUGAGGGACAUGGGUUCGAUUCCAAGUCAUUUUGUGUUUUCCUUCAGCAAGAAAUUUACCCACAUUGUGCUGCACUCAACCCAGGUGAGGUGAAUGGGUACCCAGUGGGAAGAAAUUUGUUGUACACGUAUGCUUGAGUGCUCGAUUAGGGUAGCCGUGCUAAAGCCAGGGUAAUAAUAUGUUAAGCAGGGCUCGCUCAUUUUCAGAACUGAAGAGGCUACACUGGAUAAAAAUGACAUUGUUAUUAUUAGUAUUGUUUAAUAAAAAUGAACUUCAUGGUGUAACUAGCAUAAUCAAAGUCCCUAGGUUUCUCUGCAAUAUAGAAAACAUGCCAACACAAUUUGAUUACCAAAUGCACUUGCACAAAAAAAAUCAUGAAACUAAAACAAAAUCCAAUAAUGCAUUAGUGUAAAAUCUUUGGCUCAAUCAUGUUAAGAGUGUUUAUUAUGUCCGUUUACUAUUGUGCCAUACCAGGGGCGGAGACAGGAUUUCCCAAAAGGGGGGGGGGGGGCAUUUUCCACGAGGAAAAAUUUGCAAGCAAAAAUAAAAAAGGUUUUUAACAAAAACUUAAGGGUAUUUUGCCACGAAAAAAUUUGACAAGCAAUGGUCCUCACUUUCAAGGGGGGGGGGGGCACAUUUCUCUUUUAAUGGCAUUUUCACAUUACAAAUUUUAAUUGUGCUUCUUAUAGGGGGGGGGGGCAUGGGCCAGCUUUGCCCCCCCCCCCCCCCUGGAUCCGCCAGUGUGCCAUACACUUCAUUAGACACCCAUGUGAAAGAACACUUUAUGUUCAACAGGUGCUCUAUAUUUACAAUUGCUUUAUCAUACAUUUUAUACAUGUCAUAAAAAACACAGCACAUCAGAUUUGCAAUUUAGAAUAAUAAUAAUAGCUGGAUUUAUAAAGUGCUUUUUGCCAGAGGAUACAAAGCGCUGCUAUUAUUACCCCGGCUUUAGCUCGAGCUACCAUCACCGGCGCUCAGUGCAUGCAAGGAAUUACUCCUGCCCCGGGUACCCAUUCACCUCACCUGGGUUGAGUGCAGCACAGUGUGGAUAAAUCUCUUGCUGGAGGAAAACACGCCAUGGCUAGGAUUCGAACCCACGACCCUCUGUUUCAAAGGCAAGAGUCAGAACCACUAGACCACGAUGCACCCAUAGAAAACAGUAAGCUGGAGACUCUAUAGGGAUACUUCAUGGGGGCGUUGCAGGAAACUCAGUCAUUUUGCAAGUCAAAUUUUGAGCUUCAAAAUUGAUCACAAGUCUGGCAAUUAAUUGCAAUUUUUUUAUUUGAUUGCUGGUCUGCCUCUUCCAACAAGAAGUAAAUAUCAAUUUCUUAUAUUUAAUUGCAAAAUAACACCAGAAAUAUGCAAUUAAUUACAUAUAUUUCCUUGCAACACCCCUCAGUGCACAGAUGUUAGCAUGAUGAUAGCAGAGCAUUAUAUGUUCAUAUUGUUCAUAUUCGACACCAAAGAUUGAUACAAUAAAAUAGACAUUGUUCCAAGUUUUUUUAUUUUUUUAUGUGAUGUUCACUACUGAUGGUAUGUAGUACUUAAAGGGGGGGGGGGGUUCAUCAAGUUGGUUUUAAUAAAAGCAGACAAAUUUGAGAAAAUAUAAGAGAAGGUUUGAUGAAAAACCAUCAUUAUUCUUUUACAGGUUUUCAUCCAACUUUCACUUUUCUGUAAUUUUUCUGCUUUUAUUAAAAUCAACUAUAUCAUUGAGGUGUACUUCCCCUGUAUAAUACAUCUUAUUUUUUCCAUUUUACAACAUCAGUACAGCAAGUAAUUGUAUAUGUGCAGGCACCUUCAAAUAAAUAGUGAAAUAUGUUGUAUACAGGG